CCAUCCUCACAGCAGCUGGAACACUCCAUUUCUCUGUGGAGUUCAUUUUUAAUCUUCAUUUUUAUUUUUAUUUUUAUUACUUUUAAUUUAUACACAAUGAAUCUGUAUUUCUUCUUCUGGGAAAAAUUUUUUGUCUCGUGGGCUGAGUGUGUAGGAGGAAAAAGAAGAUUGGAGAAAGUGUGCACUCUUUAGCACUGUUAAACUCGUACAAAAGGCUACACACACACACACACACACACACACACACACACACACACACACACACAUAUAUAUACAGACAGACCCAGGAGUUUAGGAUCAUCAUCAUCAUCAUCAUCAUCAUCAUCACUUAUCUCCAUCCCUCACUCUUGCCAUGCGCUCUCAGUACCAGCUCGCGCUCUUCUUCAUCCUGCUCUGCCCAGUCAACAUCAUCGGCAUGUGGUGGGCAGUGGGCAGUCCCCUUGUCAUGGAUCCUAACAGUAUCUGCAGGAAGACGAAGCGUUUGGGCAGUAAACAGGCUGAUCUGUGUCAGAACCAUCCAGAAAUCGUGACUGAGGUGGUGAAAGGAGCGAAGCUCGGCGUGAGAGAGUGUCAGUACCAGUUCCGAUUCAGACGCUGGAACUGCACCAGCCACAACAAAUACUUUGGAAAAAUCCUUCAACAGGAUAUCCGGGAGACUGCAUUCGUCUAUGCCAUCACAGCAGCUGGAGUGACUCAUGCAGUAACUCAGGCCUGCAGCAUGGGGGAGCUACUGCAGUGUGGCUGUGAGGCCCCGCCCCCUCGCCAAGCUGAAGCUCCACCCGUUAUCGAUGGGGCUUGGGAUGGGGGCGGGGCCUGGGAGUGGGGUGGUUGUGGAGAUGACGUGGAGUUUGGCUAUGAGAAAUCCAGACAGUUUAUGGAUGCCAAGCGCAAGAAGGGCAAGAGCGACAUCCGUACUCUCAUCGACCUGCACAACAAUGAGGCCGGACGCCUGGCAGUGAAGAACUACAUGAGGACUGAAUGCAAAUGUCAUGGGCUGUCAGGUUCCUGCACACUGCGCACCUGCUGGAAGAAGUUGCCUCGGUUCCGGGAAGUGGGCAACCGUCUUUUAGAGCGCUUCAAUGGUGCAUCAAAGGUUAUGGGAAGCAACGAUGGAAAGACACUGAUCCCUGUUGGCCAGAACAUAAAAGCUCCAGAUAAACAGGAUCUGAUCUAUUCUGCUGAGUCACCUGACUUUUGUCUUCCAAACAGAAAGACAGGUUCCCCAGGGACCAGGGGGAGGACCUGCAACAGCACGGCAUUGGAUGUGAGUGGCUGUGAUCUGCUGUGCUGUGAGAGAGGAUAUAGAGAUGAAGUUGUCGUUCUGGAGGAGAACUGCCUGUGUCAGUUCCACUGGUGUUGUGUUGUCCAGUGUAAAAAGUGUUCAGUUCGCAAGGAACUCAGCCUCUGUCACUAAGUCCGUACCUGGUGGAACCUACACCUACAUUGUUCUUUUGGUGAUUGCAGUCCCAAAUUACCUGGCUUGACUGCAUGGGGACUGGAUCACUGACUCCAGAACACUCACACUCUUGUUAUAAAACAUCAUCUGUGUAAUCUCCUGAUGGAGUUUCAGAUUAAUGCCUCAACACUUGUAGACUCUAGAACAUGAUUCCUGAACAUGAUUUACCUGCAGAGGAUUCAUUCAUGAACUGUUCUAGUAGGUCUAGAACAUUGAGGAUUUGGUAUGCUGUCUUGAUAGAGUUCCCUUUUACUAACUGAUCAAUUAGGGAAUAUAGAAGAUGUAUACAGUAGGCUGGCUUGAGGCAGAGCAACAAUCAUACCAAACACUUCUACUUAAGUUCUGGGUUCUAGACUUUUCUUUUCAUUUGGCAAAAUGUGUUCUAAUGGAGCUUUUCCACGCUGACUUAGCUUUUAUGAAAAUUAUUUCUCUAACAAAAAUAUUAACUGUGGACUUUUGACUGAGCCGGUGAAAUAUCUGUACUGCUUGGUUAAAGAACUCCUAGGGUGCUGAAUCAAGAUUACUAACUCGAUGUUUCACAACACAGUUCACUUGCGGAAUGAUCUGAAAUGCACACUGUUCUGAAGACGUCCUAGAGUAUUGGGUCACCUAAAGGAGAUUCAAUAAGAGUGACUCAGUAAAUGCAGAAUCUAGAGUGUGAACUCACUUCUUGUUAUUAGAGAACGUGACUCCUGCAGAGGGACGACCAAAGAUGGACUCUUCACUUGAAGUUCUAAAUAACUCUGAAAUGCCUCCUGUUUUUGCCUACUAAGUUUUAAAACCUGGACUCACCUGAUGGAGCCGACAGGCAAUAAAAAUACGCAUACAUUCCUUCAAUCAUGUUCAAAUGGAGUAAAAAACAAACAUUGAGACAUUGGGGAGAAAAUGUUUGUUGUAACAGUGUAAAGAUCGUGCAGCAUCAGGACAAAGAACAAGGAACUUUUAUUUAUACACAAUAACAUGAUGACUACUAACAGAAUGAUAUGAGUCUGGAAUAUUCUGUCCAAAGCACUUUGAAUAUGAGAACAAUGCACAUUGUGCUCUAGUGUUUAAUCCUUUUUUCUUGUUGUUGUUUAAAGCAGCAAUAUGUACACACCCCUUUAUUUUAAUUGUUUUUUUAUUACUAUUAUAUUCUUCAGUUAUUUAAUACAUAGAGCUUUUAUUAUGCACCUUUUUUUUAUCAUUGAUCUUAGGUUACGUUCAUGUCCCGUUAACAAAUCUGACACUGCUCACGUUAAUAUGUAUGUUUUUACUUUAAAUAGAAGAACACUGAGUUGUAAAAGUUGUGGUUUGAUUUCCAGAGCCACAAUUUACAGUAGCUCCUGUUUAAAGUCAUAAAUAUCAAAACAAUGUUGAUGCUGUGUGUAAAAUAAUUUAUGUUUAAAUUACCAGGGUGAAGUGACACAAAUCUAAUUUUCUUCUAUAUCAUUUAACACCUGAUGAUUCUUUUCAGGAUCGUGUGGAUGUAAAUAUGUGACCUAUUGAAUCACAGCGGUGCCACGUUUCUGUGUGCUCUUAGAUUAGCUACACAUACUGUAUGGUCAUGAGACAUGAAUAAGAACAGAUUGGGAUUCAUGUGGCCUUUUCCCAUGUGGCCUUUUCCCAAAAACUCUGCAGGAGUAAUCCUAAGGCACACGUUUUCAUUGAGCAAGGUGGGUACAAGCAACGGUUGGAGAUGCUGGGGUCUGGGCCUAUAGGUUCAUGUAGAUACUUAUUUAAAGUUAUAAUAAAAGCCACGGGUAACCAUACCAGUAAAGAA